AUGGCUGCCAACUAUGAGAACUCAGCUCAGCCUGUCAAUGGCGUCAACUACCAGCCUCAGGUUCCCGACACCACCUUCGGACCCAUGAUUCACAUCUACAAGCCACGUUUUGACCAAAUCGGCUUGGGAGCUUUCCCCAUGGUCCCAGGACUUGCCGCUCAGUCUGGUUUCACCGGCAACCCGAUGACAAUGCAAGCUCCAAUCGGCCUUCCGGCAGCCGGCGCUCCUCUCUUCAUGCAACCCGCUGUUCACCCUCCAAUGCUUCUGCCUGCCACCAGCGGCAUGCCCUUCUCGCAACCCGGCAUGGCCGUGAGCGCUGGCAUAGGAUGCAUGUCUGCCCCUCCUGGAACCCUGUUGUCCACGCCCAUGCCCGGCAUGUUUGUUCAAGGUAAUGGCGGCGUCCACCCUGAGCCGGCGUGCGGCAUUGGCCGAACGGGCGCAGAGUAUACCGCUGAGCAAAUGGACAUGGCUUAUGCAAACAAGUCCUUUGAACCACAGGAUUUCAAGCCGGCUGACGACACGCCGUCGCGCAUGUACAUGUGCCGCGAGCUUGAUGGAGUCUGGACCAUGCGCAGCCGCUUCUCAAUUGAUCGCAUGGCUAAGGAGUGGAGAUGGCAUAUGGCCCCUGAGGGCUAUUUCUACGCCCCGGCCAAGGUUAGCAGGCAAUUAUCUAUCCUGAGUAAAAUGGACUUCAACCAACUCGACUUGUCCAGGAAAGACAAGGAAGACGGGAGAAACCGGACACCAAAGAUGCUCUUGACUGAUGGUAUUUUCUUCGGCUCCACUGGUUAAUCUUGUCUCUCGAUAAUUUUCUCUUUUUGUCUACUGCCGAAUACGAUAAUAUGCAUGCACGAGUGGUGCUGAGGCUCUCACGGAGGAUAAUAGAUUAUUUAUCACGAG